UUCCGGAGCGCCUGCCUCCAUCGGAGCUCGCUUUAGCGAGGUGGUUUCUCCUCGUGUGGGCUGCUGGAGCACACCGCAUUUCAGUUGUUUGAUCCUCCCAUCCUCCUGGCCCGACACCAUGGGAGUGACUUGUGUGUCUCAGAUGCCCGUGGCCGAGGGCAAGAGCGUCCAGCAGACUGUCGAGCUCCUCACCCGGAAAUUGGAGAUGCUUGGAGCAGAGAAGCAAGGAACAUUUUGUGUGGACUGUGAGACCUAUCACACGGCUGCCUCUACCCUGGGCAGCCAAGGUCAGGCCGGGAAGCUGAUGUAUGUGAUGCACAAUUCUGAGUACCCUUUGAGCUGCUUCGCCCUCUUUGAGAAUGGCCCUUGCCUUGUUGCCGACACCAACUUUGACGUGCUCAUGGUGAAACUCAAGGGCUUUUUCCAGAGUGCCAAGGCCAGCAAGAUCGAGACCCGGGGCACCCGUUACCAGUACUGUGACUUCCUAGUGAAGGUGGGCACGGUCACAAUGGGGCCUAGUGCCCGAGGCAUCUCCGUGGAGGUGGAGUAUGGCCCCUGUGUGGUAGCUAGCGACUGCUGGAGCUUGUUGUUGGAGUUCCUGCAGAGCUUUCUAGGCAGCCACACCCCAGGGGCACCCACAGUGUUUGGGAACAGACAUGACGCUGUCUACAGCCCAGCAGACACCAUGGUCCAGUACAUGGAACUCUUCAACAAGAUCCGCAAGCAGCAGCAGGUAAUAGAGACGAGGAGACCUAACCAAUGACUGUGGAGUAAUAUGGAAGAAGAUGGGAAAAACUUGUUUAAUGGGUUGAAAGAGUGGAGCCU